AUGGCCAAGGCCAGGACUGGGGUUUAUGAUCUUUAUGAUCAUUUGGUUCCACCCACAGAAGCAUCGGCUCUGGCUGCCUACACUACGACCAAGUUGGUUAAUCCGGCUCUUUGGAAGCAUUUGGACGCUGUUAUAUUGCAAUGGAUUUACACUACCAUUGCUCCUGAUCUUCUUCUAGCUAUCCUCAAACGCAAUGACAUGGCGGAGGGCGCGUGGAACCACAGAUUGGCUGAUGUUGAUGCUCCGGUGACUAAUAGUCGCCCGGUUUUACAUCUUACUGGCUCCUUACCGGAGGCGUAUAGUGGUACGGUGGAUUUUAUACAAAAUCAAGAGCUAUUGCCCCCCUUUGAAAGUUGUCGUUCCAAAUUGAAAAUAGUUGAGCGUACCAUAAAGGCUCAUUAA